GAAAAGGUUUUAAGCCCAUGGCCCCAUUCCGGGUUGGCCUAGAAAACGUCACGACCGAGCAGCCGUUUCCGCUUCUGCCCAUCCACGCGUUAUAUAAAUCAGCAGCUGCGAGAGGAAAAGAGGAAUAGCGGAAGAGAGGAAGUGAAAGACAGGAAGACUGGAAGAGAGCAAUAAUAGCGGAGCUCUGUUCACUUUGACCGGACAAGAGAUGAGAUUAUGAACCGAUUAACACAUUGGAUAAAUAUACAGUUCAUUUAAAACAGUGAUUAUUUCCAAUUUAUGGACAGAUCCAGAUAUCAGAUUUAUUACCUUUACCCACCAGGACAGUAGGCUACAUUUUCUAUUGAGAUUACUAGUUCGGAAUAGAGUUUGUAUCAGAUAACGCCUUAGAUUUAAUAAAUAAACAACGCACUUCAGUAACUUUAUUAGCAUGCCUAAUAUCGAUGUGAUCUGAUGAAAUGAUUGUUUUGUGGAGUGGAAGUGCAGAUGUGUUCAGAGAAGAUUAAACUGAGUUUCAGCACCAGAAGGAAUUCAGAGAGAUGGAUGAGGUGUUGGAGAAGUUUCUGGAAGAUCAGAAAUCGAAGAUAGCAGAGGAGAAGGCAUGUCUGGAACAGGAGCCCCCUUACAUGGAGAUGAGGAGGCGGACAGGCCACGUUUUCCAGAAAGAGAACAACCCUCCACACGCAAGUCAGCAAGAUGGAGUAAGCUUGCCACUCGGAGAGGAAUAUGAGAGAAAGAAACACAAACUGCAAGAGGAACUCAGGAAUGAUUACAGGAAAUACAAGGCAGAGAAAGAUCACUGGGAAGCUGGUGACAUUCACACAGUUCAAGAGAGAAGACGAAUACCCAGGACGGUCCGUGUGAGGGAUGUGGCCACCCUUACAGAUGUGUGUGGGCUGGGAUGGGGUGUGUGUAGCUCUGAGGAAGACUGCAGUGAUGAAGAACUCAUGCUUUUGCAAGGGAGGCGACAUCAGAGAGAGAGAGACACCAGGACAGCAAACAGAGAGGGAGAAUUGUUCACAGAGACAGGACAUCAAACAAGCAAACUACAGCACAGAAACAGAAUGUCGACAACGGCUGCGACCCAAGCCAAUGAAAGAUCUGUAUCUGAGGCCAGUCGGGACACAGUUUGCACCACAGGACUUUUAAUAGGUGCAGUGGGUCUGGAGGGCACACUGCAGAGGAAAAAGGAGCGUUAUAGACGUGAACUACAGGAACAAAUCGCAGAGAAACAGAGUCACAGGAGGAGGGAGAAGGAACUGGACCUGAGAGUUUCAACAGAUGCUGAGAAAAAGCAGCUCUUUGUGAGUGAGGCGUCUGCGUACAGAAAGCAACCAAGGGAUGACAUCAUCCGACUGGACACUGCCGAGCCUCCUGAUGGUGUUCUCCAAUACAGGGCAGACCCUCUGUCUCCAUGCAGGAUGCCUUUUGUCCCUACUCAACUCCCAUUCCUUACAGAGGCCUAUAAGACUCCAAAUAAUGAUGCUGAGAGUUUGCUGAGUCCCAGUAGAGCCUAUUGCCCUAUAACGGGAGUUUCUUUUUCAACAUCAUCAGGAGAGCCACACCCACUCAGUCCACACAGCAGAAGCACUCACAGACAGAGGAUUGUGGGUGAGAAUGAAGUUGUAGGUUCAGGUCUUUUAGCGUUUCCUGCACAUCACGGAAAGAUGGACAGCCUCAGCUAUAAAGAAGAGCUCAGAAAACAGAUAGAGGAGCGGGCCGCACAGAGGAGGGUGGACAGAGAGGAGAAGCGAAGACUGGAAGCUGAACUUGAAGCCGAUAUGAGAGCAUAUGAACCCUGGGGAAGAGGUGGAGCUGGUGCACCACUCAGAGACAGCACUGGAAAUCUAAUCACUGAUCUGAAGCAGAUGCAUCUUUUGAAUGUAGCAGCUGCAGCACCACCACCACAAAGACCGGAGAGGCCAGGAUUUGUUGAGACACACACUCCACAGUUUGCAAGAGGAAAUGUGUUUAAUCAGAACCUGUCACCCCAGCAACUACUGGAGCAAGACCAAUACAAAGCUUACCUGAGACAGCAGAUAGAAGAAAAGCAAAGGAUGCAGGCAGAGGAGAGAGAGCGGAUGAGGGCAGAAGAGGAGAGGGAGGACAGACGACUGGCAGAACAGAGAGAGAAAAUCAGGAGAGAGUAUGAAGAGGAGCAGGAGAGCAGAAAACGCAGAGUGCUGGAGCAAAAACUGAAGAAUGAAGAACUUGCUCGUCUUGUGGAAGAGAGACGGAGGGAUGCAGAGAAAAAGAAAAAAGAAGAAGAAGAGAAAGAGAAAGCAGCUGUAAGAAAACAGGAAGCGCAAGAGAGACAAAUACGACUGCAACAGGUUCAGCGUGCACCAUCCCCUCCUAUCCCUACCCUACAAAAUAAACACCGCAACCCUUCAAAUGCUACGGAUUUCUCUGCACUUCGGGCUCCUCAGUCUCCAGAAAACAGAAACAACCAGAGAACAGAGAAGGACAGAAGUGAGGUUGUUAAUGAGCUGUGUGCAUUAAGAAGACGUCUGCGCAGUGAACAGCGGCGUCUGGAGGAGCAGCUUUUGCAGACGGAGUGGGAGCAUUUUCCCUCCCCUUUCACUGACAGGCACAGGACGGAAGUGUUUGACAUGGCUCGUUUGCGUAUGCCUGUGCGAGGCCCCUCCACCCGUGGCACUGAGCCAAUCAGCUCAAAGGGAGCCGAUGACAUCAUGUACAGGGAUGCCUUUAUGCCUCUUGCUAGAACAAGGCAGUCUAGGAACAGAGAUGUUGAGGGGGGAAGAGGAUCUGUGCUUCUGUCAGAAAGUGAAUUUAUUGAUCAGAAUGGAAUUGCUUUCCCAGUUCCUCCAGAUGUUGAGAGGAAAUCUGCUAAACUGUCUGCACGAGAGCGACGCAGACUAGCAAACCUGCAGGCUGCAGAGAGGAAGCCAGUGCAGCUGCAGUCCUUCCAUAUGAGGAAGCUCAGAGACACAAACACUCCCAGGAUGAAGGGACUACAAGCCUUCAGCCGUCACAACACCACAGCAGGAGGCUGCUCGGAUGAUGACGAUGAAGCAAAUCGUGGUGAUGAGCAUUUUACCCUGCAGUCUCCUGGAAGGCCCAGCUCUUUUGAUACAGCCACUACGGAGCCCUGGAUUCGAGCGGAGUCAUCAGACACACUCAGGAGGCUGAUGUCUGCCUCUGAACUUUAAGACGGGUCAUUACAUACAUGACCGCACUGAGUGUAUGAGCUUAUGCAAUGCAGUAUAUAU